AUGACGUCAUCAUCGCAACAGGCCUUUGUGGCCUGCCGGGUGUGUGGGGACAAGGCCUCUGGGUAUCAUUACGGGGUCACAUCGUGCGAGGGCUGCAAAGGUUUUUUCCGCCGAAGCAUGCAGAAGCAGAUGGAGUACAGGUGCCUGAGAGAUGCCAAGUGUCAGGUCAUGAGACUCAAUAGGAACAGGUGUCAAUAUUGCAGAUUUAAGAAAUGCAUUGCUGUUGGGAUGUCCAGAGAUUGUGAGUUACUCAAAAUAAACAAUUUGUUCUAUCUUUUUUUAUUAUUAUUUAAAAAAUUAAAAAUUAUUAUUUAUGAUUAUUCCAAUUAUUCAACCAAUCAUAUUAGUGAGUCAAUCAAAACAUUAUAA